GCAGUGUCCGCUUUCUUUUUGUUUUUCCUCUUGACGGCGGCACCAACAUCAUACGGUGCGUACACUCGCUCGCAUUCACCAUUCCACAUACUUCAAACCUCAAGUUUGUGAGCCGCGCUCUAGUGCACGGCUUAUUCUGAUCCCUUCCCAAACUGGAAUUCAAAAAGAAAAAAGAAACAGCGGAAGUCUGCAAGGUGUCGGAGGGGUUUCAAAGAUACACUUCAACGCUGUCGUUGCCGUGGCACAGACACAUCUGUUUCUAUACGCCUCUAAACACAGAAUAACACAAAAGACUGAAAGCUGAUUAGUUCGACAUGGACCCGUUGAAGGCAGAUGCACCCACUUACGUGCCAAGCUCCAUGAUGAUGAAGAUGGCAGCGGCAGCACGGCGACAAGCACAAGCACAAGCGCAAGCGCAAAUAAUCCCUACACCGCCGCCGGUCCAGCCGGUCCCUGCCGCAUCUCCGCAGCCUCCACCGGUGCAGUCAGCUGCGAAGUCAAAGAUCAGCGUCACUCGCACCGGGGCGAACACCACAAGUCCGAUGCCGUCCUCUAACAUGAUGGCGACUCAUCCCGUGAGUGCUGGCGCGGCUGACAAGGCGAUGGACGGACCGAUGCUCUACCCGCCCCCAUCUCCGGCCGCGGUGCCGUCUAGCGAUCGCAGCCCAGCGGUGCUAGCGCGCAGCGUGCCGGCUCGCAUGAGCCCCUUCAUUGCCCCUCACCACAUCAUGAACCCCGACGCGGCGGACUUCGUGCCAGGGCGCCGCAACACGGCCGACGGUGGGUUGGAGGCGCUGCCCACCUCUACGGCGGACAUGGAGCUGACGAAGGCACCCGCGGCCGGCAAGCAGACCCCGCCCGCCACGUUGCGUCGCAGUGGGCAGACUUCUCCGCACAUCCAGCCUGUCCGACUGGACGCGAAGUCUGCGCAGGAGAUUGCCGAAAUUAGCCAACGCAGCGGUCUUAACGUGACGGCGGUGGCCUACGUGCCGCAGCGCACGUUAGCCCGCGUCGUGCUCGCCAAGCCGUCCCCCCUAACACUCAUCCCGUCCGAGGACCCCGCGAAGGACAGCAUAGAGAUGAUGCUCGACGACCUGUGGUGCCUCUUCUACCUGCCCUCCACCUGGGGCGAGAACAUUAAGCAGGAAGACUACGACCCCAUGCUGGUCUUCCGCGUGGACAGCAUUCCGACUUUCUGGAAGGUGCUGAACAACAUCCCGGCGCCGUCGGAGCUGGGCCUCAGCACCCUCUACCUCUUCCGCGACGGCAUUGAUCCGAAGUGGGAGGACGCGUCCAACCGUGACGGCGGCAUUGUGAAGGUGAAGGUGACCCUAGCGCAGGUAGACGAGGCGUGGGAGCUGCUGCUGUGCCGCACCAUCGGUGACUCCUGGUGCCCCUCGGUGCGGGAGACGGUGAACGGCGUGGCGCUGAAGGUGCGGGAGCGUGCCUACUACCUGGAGCUGUGGGUGACGAAGGACUCGGUGGAGCUGCAGCGCGACCUCGCGGCGCUGUGGCAGCCCAUCCUCGGCGCCUCGUUUGCGACCACCUACUUGACCCAUGCCGUGAUGCAGGAACGAUCCGUCGCCGCGGCGGCUGCGGCUGCGGAGAAGCAGAAGAAGAACCGUCGUCGCCAUUAG